AUCAUGGUGGCACGAAGGCACCAAAUCCUUCUUCCGCACAAACCGCAGGUCUUGGCUGGUCAGAUAUAGGAUGCCGAAUUGAGAUUGCAGUGUUUGUUGCAGUGCUGAAAGACCUCUUGUCUCCCCUUGUAUUGUCGGCACCUGAUAACUAAUUCUAGCGGCCUUGCAUUAGUAUAUUGAUUUGACAGCAUCUUGUGAGCUGCUGCAACCAGGCCGCGUCAUUUGUUUGCCGUUGAAUUAUUGGCGAGAUUCCAAGUUUUUUUCAGUCUUUGCUUCAUUGUUGUUCUGUGACCCUGCAUGCCUGCCAAUUGCUUGAAACUCUCUUUUCAACUUUCUUGGCAGCUCCGAUAGACUAUAUAGUAUCUGAAUCCCAUCAUCAUCAUCAUCUCUCGCUCGGUGUUUCUGUGAAGUGACAGUUCCAUCCAGUUCAAGAAGCAAGAACAAUUUUGGUUUUCCGUUUGUCUUUCGGUCAUUUUCCACGCUUUGCACAACUCCAUAAGAAGAUGUCAUCCUCCCCGUUUACAACACCCUCCUCCUCGAAACAGUCCAACAAUGGAGGAAGAAAAGAAGACGACUAUACGGAUUAUUCUUGCAGUACAUCGAUUGAACGGUUGGCUCGAGAUGUGGAGACGCUGUUGCGUGGUUGGCAUGUGGACAAGGGCAAUGACCGCCAUAUUUCCAUGACACGGAAUAAUAAUAAUCAGCAGUCGGCCCCCAAGACCAUUACAACCCACAGCAACAACAACAAUAUGUCUUCCGCCGGCAGUGUGACCAGUCAAAUAUCGAGCUCCACCAGUGUCACUACUCAAACCAGCGGCAGUUCACCUCAUUCGACGCUCCUGUUGCGAUCGGAUGUUUUAUAUUGGAAUGUUUCCAUGUCCACUCCGUCGGGACAAUUGGUGUCCUUCACGGUAGAACUGCAGCUGGCGCUCUGGGAUGGUCCAGUAUUAUUGUCCGAGAAUGAGGGAAACACCACGGAAGGUCUUCCGCAUUCCAUGAGACGAUCCCCUCAUUUGCGGCCCAUGGCUCCAGCGGCGUUUGAAAACAUGUCCCAUUUGUUUGGUGUGGGACAGCACAUUACGCUCUCCCCCAUUCAUCCACAAAAUUUGGCAAGCUCAUCCAAUGCCAGUACUGCCUCUAGUUCAUCAUCGCUCUAUGACAAUAUGCAAGUGGGAGGGGACCUACAAUUUUUGGUACAAUCCAUCAUUAGUCGACAUGACGACGAAAUCACGGCGCGAUGGUCCUUAUUCCAAGUACUAUCCGGAUGGCUACAGACGGCAUUGAAUUGUGCCGUUGCAAAUUGUCAAUGCUGUAUUCCUGUAUUUGGCAUUUGGGGGUCCUAUCAACCAGACUCGUUUCACAACCAUGUGGCCAAGCGACGACGGCGACGGCAGCGAUCCAAUACUACUAAUAGUGGAGCAGCAGCCAACAGAGAGGAUAAUUUGUCCGUGUUUCCCUCGUGGAUGAAUGACAUUUUGCAUGUCGAAUUGCCGGGGUUGCCGCGCAUGACGCGAAAACGGUACAUGGAAAUACAAGAGCGACAAAACAAAAAAUUCUUGUCGCCCAUUCUCUCUGCCGGGGUACUUCCUACGGUCCACACAUCCGGCCACUUUGGAUGCACGGUCAUUCCGUGUGCACCUCAUACACCGUCGCGACUGACGCUGUGGGGAAAUUUGUUGUUGAAACACUGUCCCAAUCCCAAUGACACGGUGGUACUGUGGACGGCACGGCAUGUUUUUGCCUGGUGGAAACAACCCAUGGUCAAAGCAUCGGCAUUUCAACGACUCUUUCGACCCGACAAUUAUCACUACGAUAGUAAAAACAGCCCGUUCACGGCGUGGCGACGAAAACCCAAGCAGGCGGCCGACAAUGCCAAAAAAUCGUCCAAACGAAUUACCAUUCGAGCGUCCACCAAACACUAUCAGCAACAAAUUAUCGACUUGACCGGUGAGGAUGAACCACAGUUUGUGUGGGGGCAUGAUGCCGAUUCGGCCAUGCUGGUCUAUGUGCGCAAAAUGGAAGAGUAUCAAGACCAAUGUCGGACCAUGGCCAUUUCCAUUAUGGAUCAGGCAGCCGCCGCGUCAGCCGCAGAACCUCGAUGGGGACCAGUGGAUGAUCCAGUGGCGUCGGUGCAUGCCACGGUGACAUGGAAUGGGAGUCCACAACCACAAGGGUCUAUGGAUACCAGCAGUAACAGCAGAAACAACAAUAACAACCAAAACAAUUCCAAUCAACCCCAGCAUGCACCACGGCAACCACUGUUGAGUUUCCCACUCCGAAUACGGUCCAAACACACAAUGUCACCUGCAGAUUGGAGAGAUUUGGAAGAAAGUGUCGAGCGAACCAUUCUGGAUCCACUUUCGAGAGCUCCAUCCUGCCAAUUUCAAGUGCAGGCGUGGUGGGACCGUGAAACACCCGUUGCUUCGUUGGCGGCGACACAACAAUGUAUCCUGGCUGCGUUGGUCCGGACAUCCACGCUACCCGAUGAAACAUUGCUCAAACAUCUCACAGACGACGCCGUCUUGGAACAGUGGGACAAUGCAUCGGGAAAUGUCGUGGCCGCAUCGUUGGCAACCCAAGCUGGCGUUGGACCGUCCACCAAGGCACUUGUCGAUGCUAUGGAUUGGGACAGUGCCGCCGAGGACAAAAUGAGUCCUCGUGACGCUGAAAUCUUGGUGAUGCAUAUUCUGCAACCGGACAACGGAUCCACUUUUCCACUACCGCCAAUGUCGCCGUUGCCCAAUGGUUCACCAACCGCCGCCACACCGGCGUCGCGCCGACGGCGAGCAUCCUUGCUCGAAACCACACACCAUCACGAAUCAGUGUCACACAAUUCGUCUGUUCCCGCUGGUUCGGCUGGGAAGAACGGUGAAAACCUCUUUAUACCGCUCUUCAAAUCAGCUCCUUUGGGCCGUCUCGUGAGUAUCCUUUGUAUUCAUUCGGCUCGUGUCCGUUCGCCGUGCAGCAUGGCAAUGCUAUGGAUGGCGUUUUGCCACGAAGUACGGUUCCGUUGGGAAAAUAGAAUGACUUUGCCGCACUUGAAUCACGUACCUGGAUUGGAUCCAUCGUCUCUUGAAAUGAAGGAACGCAACAAGUCACUAUCAACUUUAGCUACCAAGGCAGAACAAGCAGCUUAUUGGCACGGACCGCCGCUCUCAAAGGGUUCUUGCGCUAUGGUCGAACCCGACACAGAAUUUCCUGGUGACCACCAUUGCUUGAUUGGACAAAAGUUGCAGGUCAUCAAUCUUUGUAUCGACUUGGUGACGGCAGUGGAGACUCAGCGACAGCAGAGACAACGCGACCAACAGGAGAAACGGCGAACGCUUGAGGAAAUGGCAGGUAACGACAACUCUAGAACCAAUGGUAUUUCCAAGCGGAGAACUAGUAUCGGGGAAAAUGCGAGCAACGGCGGCGGUAGCAGCGACGUAAAAGCACCAGCAGAAGACGAGAACGGGCACAUUGUCAUGUCACACGGUACGGACACGUUCGAGGAUGCGCUUUCAGAAGAUGAACUGAUGGAGCCAGAAAGUGCCGCUGCCGUUGUGGCAGCAGCCAAACUUCGCUUGGACUUGAACAGCCAGCCCUCCAACCCAAAGGCAAGAAAGGGGGCUAGAUGUCCAGUACCCGGCUCGAGUCUUGUGGCCAACGGAGACCAGAUGUACGCACCCUACCUGCAGCGUCCAUACCCGCUUACGGACGAUGUGAUAGCAGAGAGGCAUUUGAUGCUCUCCCGUCACCACGAUUCGUCUCCUGACAAUCAGAACAGCGUAAACAAGCGCCUUGAAAUAUCCUAUCGUCUCCAGAAGCCAAAGCUUCUCAGUGAUAUGGCAGCAUUUAAGGCAGCCAACCCAGGAUCAAUCUUUCAGGAUUUCAUCAAUUGGUACGGCAAUCCUGGCAAUCCACUUGAUGAAUACUGCGACACAAGAAGCAGCGGCAGCGGAGCUACAUCGGUUGGGGACCUACUGAUUGGCCGAACACCAUCAACAGACUCUGCUGCAGUGAAAAUGGAUAGAGCUGCUGAAGCGAUUCAAAUGCUGAACGAGACUCGAGAGUUCUGGUCCAGGACCUGGGAGGAAGCCACACCUAUUCCAGCCUCUGAGCAAAAGCUGCUGUUCGAUGCCAGUAGCACCGUAGAGAUGGCACUGGACUUUAUGGAGAAUAUGCAUCCAGCAAUUCUUGUGAACCAGGUCUUGGCGGUCAACUUGGCAUCAUCUUACUUCACUCUUGUACAUGCAGCGAAGGAAGUCGGCGUUCUGAAGAUUGGAGGUCUAGUCCUUCGAGCCUUCUUACGGCUGAGAGAGAAAACGGAGAAGGCGCUGGAGUUGCUUUCUGGCGACGCCACGCGGUCGACUUCCGCAGUUUGCAACAUUUCUCGCCGCCAUGAAGCUGCCUCCAACUUUGUCUCGGUCGGUGUCAUCUCUGCGUGCGAUGAGGCUUGUACUUCGCUGAGUGAAGCAGAAGUCGUCACUGCCCGUGCUACUUCUCUUUUGAACAAGUUUCCGGAGCAGUACGACUUGGUCGAGACAUUUCUUCGAAACAAUGGCGGUGAAGAGGUCACUCUGUCGGGACGGCAGGCACAGUCUCAAAUUCUGGAUGCCAUCAGUGAACAGCAGAUGGAAACACAACCAAAAGCCAAGCGUGGCUCCGGGCCAAGUCCCAGUGUGUUGCCUGCUUUGCGGGAGUACGUUCUGCGGAACCUAGACGAUUCACGGCCUUGCCAGCUGAGUGUCCGCUUUGCCGAUGAAGCUGCAAUGCUGCACAGGAUAACUAAUGGGAGCAAUCAAUCGGGGGGGACAACACCUGUGACGACGAAAAAUGGAGGAGGCAUGUUGCUGGCACUAUCCAAGAGCGUGAUGGGAUGAGCUGCCGUUCCUGCAAUCCGCACACGCGUUGUCAGAUUGAGUGAAUGAUGGUUACUAGCUCGUAGUGAUAUUAUUUCUCUUGUUUCGAAUAGUACCUGGUACAACUCUCGUAUAUGCUUCACCAGCCAGCCCCAACAAUAGAAAUAUGUAGGGAAAGUUUCUCGUUCCCUCAGAUAGUGGAUCUUGA